GCCUCAAGGCUGCCGCCUCCUCCUGCCCCCUCCCCCGCCCCUCUGCGCUCACCUCUUGGUGCAGAUUGCAAAGCGCCUUCCGCUGAGAGAGCUGCAGAUUUUGCAAGAGCCAGGCUCGCCCACCUUAUGGAAGGAGCGCCUUGAGUCCCCUUCAGCCCUCCGUUGCAAAGAGCUGGCCGUCGGAUUUGAUCCUCCCCUCACCCAGACUGCAUGGUCUCCCGGGACCCUCUAGAGUUGCACGUUUCUGCAGCGAGGACUGCAAAUCCCCGUCGCGCCUAGGAUUUGCACUGUUCUGGAUACUGGAAUCUUGCAAGCUACGCUCGCCCGCCCCUGGGCAAGACACUCGCCCGAACCACAGGACUGUACCGCUGACGGCAGGCCAGCUCUUCGCCUCUCCAUGAGCCCGUAAGCCUGCGGGCAGGUGCCCGGCGAUGGCGCGGCCCGUGAGCGACAGGACCCCGGCCCCCCUGCUGCUGGGCGGCCCGGCCGGGGCCCCCCCGGGCGGGGGAGCGCUGCUUGGGCUGCGGAGCCUUCUGCAAGGGACCAGCAAGCCCAAAGAACCAGCCAGCUGUCUCCUGAAGGAAAAGGAGCGCAAGGCGGCUCUGCCCGCAGCCACGGUUCCCGGGCCGGGCCUGGAGACGGCGGGCCCGGCGGAUGCCCCCGCGGCGGCGGCGGGCGGCGGGUCCCCCCGGGGGCGCCCAGCGGCCGCUCCGGGCCCGAGUCUGUUGGCGCCGCUGCUGUGGGAGCGGACGCUGCCGUUCGGCGACGUGGAGUACGUGGACCUGGACGCCUUCCUGCUGGAGCACGGGCUCCCCCCCAGCCCGCCGCCCCACGGCGGCCCGUCGCCGGCACCCUCGCCCGUGCGCACGCCCGCACCCUCCCCCGGACCCGGCUCCUGCGGCUCGGCUUCCCCUCGCUCCUCGCCGGGGCACGCCCCCGCCCGGGCCGCCCUCGGGGCCGCCGGCGGCCACCGCGCAGGCCUGACCUCUCGGGACACACCCAGCCCUGUGGACCCAGAUACCGUGGAGGUGCUGAUGACCUUUGAACCUGACCCUGCUGACUUAGCCCUGUCAAGCAUUCCCGGCCACGAGACCUUUGACCCUCGGAGACAUCGGUUCUCAGAGGAGGAACUUAAGCCCCAGCCCAUCAUGAAGAAGGCGAGGAAGGUCCAGGUGCCAGAGGAGCAGAAGGACGAGAAGUACUGGAGUCGGCGGUACAAGAAUAACGAGGCAGCCAAGAGGUCCCGCGACGCCCGGCGGCUUAAGGAGAACCAGAUAUCGGUGCGGGCGGCCUUCCUGGAGAAGGAGAACGCCCUGCUGAGGCAGGAGGUGGUGGCCGUGCGCCAGGAGCUGUCCCACUACCGCGCCGUGCUGUCCCGCUACCAGGCCCAGCACGGAGCCCUUUGAGGCCGCGCCCCACGCCCCCACCCGGCGGAGCGCUCCUCCGCCUCACUCAGACUUGCGCCCUGACACCCCCUCUCCUCCCCAUCCUGUGGUCCACGGGCCGGCCAGCUGGGUGCCCCAGGGACGUGAUGAUGCAGAUAAAUACAUUUAUAUUUUUAAGAAAAAGCGAGCCUCCCCCCUCCCUCGCGGGGGCGGGGAGGGUCCUCUGUGUGUGCCUCCGGCACGUCGGGGACCCCACCCUCCCACCGCCUCCGUUAACACUAUCCUGAAUAAAUCUUGAUAACCCCA